CCAAAUUAUGCAAAUAAUCAUGCCAAGCCAACUGGUAUUAAUUGAUAGAUCGAUAUUAUAAGAUAAGGUCAAGAACCCUAUUCCCACCUGUGGGACCCAUUUGCCAGAAGGGCAAGAAAACACAAUGUUCACUACAUGACCUUCAAUCCUCAUUCUAAACUACAUAAACUCACUCCCCUCUUCCUCCAUUGCCUAAGGGACCACUCUUCUUUCGUUCAGAAAAAUACAUUUUGCUAACAAUGACUCGACCGCAACAACGAUACCGGGGCGUUCGGCAGAGGCAUUGGGGCUCUUGGGUGUCCGAAAUUCGCCACCCUUUAUUGAAGACUAGACUUUGGCUAGGCACGUUUGAGACAGCAGAAGAUGCAGCAAGAGCCUAUGACGAAGCAGCCAGGCUAAUGUGUGGUCCGAGGGCUAAAAUGAACUUCCCUUAUGAUCCCAAUGUGUCACAUUCAUACUCCUCCAAGCUUCUUUCAGCCACAUUAAAAGCAAAAUUGCACAAAUGCUACAUGGCUUCACUUCAAAUCACAAAGCAAUCAAUGCAACACCCUCAAAGAGUUCCUCCGGCCAUCGGCAAUGCUAACGAAACCAGGUUUUGGUCACCGGAAAAUAAGCCGACUGAGUCGACAACUCCACAUGAAGAGGCGAAGAAGGAAGUACAAGUACUGGACAGCUCAUGCACACAACAGUUGAUCGAGCCACUUGAAGAAGACCAUAUUGAACAAAUGAUUGAAGAGCUUCUUGAUAAUGGACCCGUUGAGCUCUGCACUGUUGUGCCAUCCCAGGAUAUGCAAACUAGUUCUGGCCUAUUUGUACAAAACGGUGGGAUUAAAAAUAUUUGUUUCCCGAACUGUAGCUAAAAAUAAGAUUUUUAGUAGAUUUUGGUAAAAAAUGAUGAAAUAUGUGAUUGAAAAA